AUGAACAGUGAGGAGGAGUUCUUCGAUGCCGUCUCGGGCUUUGACUCUGACCAUUCCGGGGAGUUCUCCGAGGCCAGUCAGGUUGCUGGGGGCCUCGAUGCAGACAGUGGCAGAGGCCCGGGGACCAAAGGGACCAAAGGCCCAGGACGUGGAGGGAGUGUUGGGGCAAGGCCUCCACAGGAGAACGGCUUGCAGACACACAGGACAUCGCUGCCUGCCCCCAUGUUCACCAGGAGUGACUUCAGUGUGUGGAGCAUCCUGAAGAAAUGCAUUGGCCUGGAGCUGUCCAAGAUCACCAUGCCGAUUGUCUUCAAUGAGCCGCUGAGCUUCCUACAGCGGAUCACGGAGUACAUGGAGCAUGUGUACCUUCUCCACGAGGCCUCCCGCCUCGCCCUGCCGCUGGAGCGCAUGCAGGCUGUGGCCGCCUUCGCGGUUUCGGCUGUGGCCUCGCAGUGGGAGAGGACGGGCAAGCCCUUCAACCCGCUUCUGGGCGAGACCUACGAGCUCAUCAGGGAAGACCUGGGGUUCAGGUUCAUCUCGGAGCAGGUCAGCCACCACCCCCCGAUCAGCGCGUUUUACUCGGAAGGCCUCAGACAGGACUUCGUCUUCCAUGGCUCCAUCUACCCGAAGCUCAAGUUCUGGGGGAAGAGUGUGGAGGCGGAGCCACGGGGCACCAUCACGCUGGAGCUGCUGCAGCAGAACGAGGCGUACACAUGGACCAACCCCACCUGCUGUGUGCACAACGUCAUCAUCGGCAAGCUGUGGAUCGAGCAGUACGGGACGGUGGAGAUUCUGAACCACAGGACUGGGGACAAGUGUGUGCUGCACUUCAAGUCCUGCGGCCUGUUCGGGAAGGAGCUGCACAAGGUGGAGGGCUACAUCCAGGACAAAGACAAAAAGAAGCUCUUUAUUAUCUACGGCAAGUGGACGGAGUGUUUGUGGAGCAUAGAUCCCGUUUCCUACGAGUCCUUCAAGAAGCAGGAGAAGAGAGGUGACCACCUCCGAAAGGUAAGCCCAGAAGCCAGCUCUAAAAAGGGGGACAGUGAAGUGGCCGACAAUGUGCCAGAGGCCCAGGAGACGGUACAGGUCAUCCCAGGCAGCCGGCUGCUCUGGAGGAUUAACACGCGGCCCCCCAACUCAGCCCAGAUGUACAACUUCACCAGCUUCACUGUGACCCUCAAUGAGCUGCAGGACGGCAUGGAGGAGAGCCUGCCCCCCACAGACUGCCGUCUGCGCCCUGACAUCCGAGGAAUGGAGAACGGCCACAUGGAUCUGGCGAGUCGAGAGAAGGAGCGUCUGGAAGAGAAGCAGCGUGAUGCCCGGCGGGAGCGGGCCCGAGAGGAGAUAGCCUGGCGGACAAGGUGGUUCUACCAAGGCAACAACCCACACACGGGGACCCCUGAUUGGUUGUACGCGGGGGGCUACUUUGAGCGGAACUUCUCAGACUGUCCGGACAUCUACUGA